AUGUCGGAAGCAUCAGCGGAAGGGGCGGGGGAAGCGGCGGGGGAAGCCGCCGCUAGUGAGGCAUCGGCGGAAGCGGUGGGGGAGGAAGUCGCAGCGGAUGCUGUAGCGCACGCAGGGUACCAUGGCGCCCGGCGCGGCCGCAUUAGACGCCGUGAUUCGCGCAUCAAGUCAGCCACGGAAGUCAGGGGAGCCGCUUCCGCUCCCGCCGCAGCGGCUGCUAACGCUGAGGCGGCCGCGCGUGGGGAAGGGAAUCCCGUGGUGGGGAUUGCGGGGCAAAAUGCUGGCGCGUCCGCGGAAGGCGGGGCGGAAUUUGUGAUGGGAGAAGGCGCAGCGGGGGAAGGAGCGGGCGAAGCGGGGGGGUUGGCGGAAGAGACGUCCAUCGUCCCCGCAGGUCCGCGCCCCGAGCAUUACCCGAAAGUGCUCGCGAUUCCGCUCACACGAAGGCCACUGUUCCCAGGCUUCUACGUCCCCGUUAUAGUCAAGAAUCCCAAGCUGGUGGCGGCGCUUCAGGAGCUCAAGGCGCGAGGGACACCCUACAACCCCAAGCUGGUGGCGGCGCUGCAGGAGCUCAAGGCGCAAGGCACGCCCUACGUGGGCGCAUUCCUUGUCCGGGACGACCACGCUGCCCCUGCUUCUUCUUCUGCCGCUCAUCCUUCACCUAGUGCAGCCGGAACAGCAGGAGCAGAGGGAGCAGAUGGGGCAAAAGGAGCAGCCACAAGCAGUAGCAGUGACAGGCGAGAGUUGGGCCCAGAGAGGAGUGAUGGCGUUGGCGUUGCUGAAGAGUGGGGCAGGGAGGUAGCUAGUGGAGGGGGAGAAGGGGUGGGGGGAGGGAAGCCGCAUGGGGAGGCGGAUGGAGCAGGUGCAGGGGUGGGAGAGGGGCCCGGGGAGGGGGAAGGUGUUGCGGGUGGGGGUGGAGGGGAGGCGUUUAUUAAGGGAGGGGAGCUUUAUAGCAAGCUGCACGAGACAGGGACGUUCGCUCAGGUGAUGCAGGUGAUCAAGCUGCUUGACGGGGAAUCAGCACAGGUGCUGCUGAUGGGGCACCGGCAUGUGAUGCAGGUGAUCAAGCCACUGGACGGCGACUCAGCGCAGGUGCUGCUGAUGGGGCACCGGCGACUGAGGCUGACAGGCAUGGUGGGGGAGGACCCGCUCACUGUCACCGUGGACCAUAUCAAGGUGGGGAUGGGUGGGGAACGGCUGACAGGCAUGGUGGGGGAGGACCCGCUCACUGUCACCGUGGACCAUAUCAAGGUGGGGAUGGGUGGGGAACGGUUCCCUCAUUUCAUAGACACUCUAGGCCACUCGUAUCGUGGAGGUGAGGCUGACAGGCAUGGUGGGGGAGGACCCGCUCACGGUCACCGUGGACCAUAUCAAGGUGGGGAUGGGUGGGAUGUGGUGAAGGUGGGUGUGGGUGGGAGAGUGACUGGGGUGGCAGUUCUUCUUUUUGUGAUGUGUGGUGUUGGGAAUGGGUGGGAUGUGAUGAAAAUGGGUUCGGGAGAGUGGGAGGAGGAGUGUCAGUGGUGCUUUCUUUCAGUGUACGCCACACACCAGGAUCUGCCGUACGACAGCAACAGUCCGACGAUUAAAGGCACGGUGAUGGAGGUGCUGAGCACGCUCAAGGACCUCGAUCUGCCGUACGACAGCAACAGUGCGACAAUAGAAGGCACGGUGAUGGAGGUGCUGAGCACGUUCGAGGAUCUACCAUACGACAGCAACAGUGUGAUGAUUAAAGCCACAGUAAUGGAGGUGGAUCUCCCCUACGACAGCAACAGCGUGAUGAUAAAAGCCACGGUGAUGGAGGUGGUGAGCACGCUCAAGGACCUCGUGAGGCACAACCCGCUGUACAAGGAGCACAUUGCAAUGUUCGUGCAGCACGUGGGCGAGUUCAACGCCUCCCGCAUGGCGGAUUUCGGGGCUGCUUUGACAACUGCGGAUGAGCCGACCUUGCAAUCCGUUCUGGAAGAGCUCGAUCACGUGGGCGAGUUCAACGCCUCCAGGAUGGCUGACUUUGGCGCUGCACUCACGACCGCAGAUGAGCCGACACUCCAGUCGGUUCUAGAAGAGCUGGAUGUGGGAAAGCGCCUCUCCCUUGCGCUCAUGCUGCUCAAGAAGGAAUUAGAGCUCGCCAAGCUGCAGGCCAACAUAGCCAAAGGCGUGGAGGAGAAAUUGGCAGGGGAGAGCCGCAGAUACAUGCUCAUGGAACAGCUCAAGGCCAUCAAGAAGGUGCGAGGGGAUCAAAAGAUAAGAUGGGAUCUAGAGCGUGAGGUGAUUGAACAGGAGCUGGGGCUGGAGAAGGAUGACAAGACUGCACUCAUUGGACGCUUCAAGGAGAAGCUUCAGCCGUUUCAGCAGAACUGCCCGCCAGCAGCCAUGCAGGUGAUAGAGGACGAGAUGGCGAAGCUGCAGGGGCUGGAAGCAAGCUCCUCUGAGUUCAACGUUACGCGCAACUACCUCGACUGGCUCACGUCCAUUCCCUGGGGGCACUACAGCGAGGAGAACUUGGACGUGGUGCGGGCGCGGCAGGUGCUGGAUGCGGAUCACUACGGCGAGGAAAAUUUAGAUGUGGUGCGGGCGCAGCAGGUGCUGGACGCGGAUCACUACGGCGAGGAGAAUCUGGACGUGGUGCGGGCGCAGCAGGUGCUGGAUGCAGAUCACUACGGGCUGACGGAUGUGAAGGAACGCAUUUUGGAGUUCAUUGCUGUUGGCAGGCUGAAAGGCAGCACGCACGGCAAGAUCAUCUGCCUGGUGGGGCCGCCAGGAGUGGGAAAGACGUCCAUUGGUCGCUCCAUCGCCAACGCCCUGGAUCGCAAGUUCUACCGCUUCUCUGUGGGAGGGCUGUCUGACGUGGCAGAGAUCAAGGGUCACCGCCGCACGUAUGUGGGCGCCAUGCCCGGCAAGAUGGUGCAAUGCCUCAAGUCCACAGGCGUUGCCAACCCUCUCGUGCUCAUUGACGAGAUCGACAAGGGCCAUGCCGCCAUGCCCGGCAAGAUGGUGCAGUGCGUCAAGUCCACAGGCGUUGCCAACCCUCUUGUUCUUAUCGACGAGAUCGACAAGAUGGCGCACUGCCUCAUGUAUAAAGGGAAUCCGCUCAUUCCCAUUAACGAGAUCGACAAGGUAAGUGUGGGGGGUGGGCCGUCUGUCGCAGCGGAGCGGACUAGUGUGGUGUGCAACGUGGGGGAGGGCGGGAGCAUCAGAACGCUGAUGAAUAGGCUUUUUGUGUACCCCAACUCUCCUCUCAUCAUAGUUUCCCUUGCAAACUUUAUACACUGCUGCCCCUCCCCCUCUCCAAUCUGUCGCUGCCAGCUGGGUAGGGGCCAUGCAGGGGACCCAGCAGGAGCGCUGCUGGAGAUGCUGGAUGCGGAGCAGAACGCGUCGUUCCUGGACCACUACCUGGACGUGCCUCUGGACCUCUCCAAGGUGGGCCUUGUGUGUCUGUUGGUGUCUGUUGCUUGUGUGUGCCUAUCAAGUGUGUAUGCAAGUGCAAGUGCCACGGAGCAGAACGCGUCGUUCCUGGACCACUACCUGGACGUGCCGCUGGACCUCUCCAAGCACCCAGCAGGAGCGCUGCUGGAGAUGCUGGAUGCGGAGCAGAAUGCGUCGUUCCUGGACCACUACCUGCACAUGCCUCUGGACCUCUCCAAGAAUGCGUCGUUCCUCGACCACUACCUGCACGUGCCUUUGGACGUCUCCAAGGUGUGGUUUGCCGUGCGUGUGCCGUGCGUGUGCCGUGCGUGUGCCGUGCGUGUGCCAUGCGUGUGCCAUGCGUGUGCCGUGUUUGUGCCGUGCGUGUGCCAUGCGUGUGCCAUGCGUGUGCUGUGCGUGUGCCGUGCGUGUGCCGUGCGUGUGUCGUGCGUGUGCCGUGCGUGUGCCGUGCGUGUGCCGUGCAUGGAGGCGAUACCGCUAGUGGCGUGGACUCGAGUGACACAAGGCAAGCUUACAUUCGUAUUCACCUCCAUUCCCUCCCGCCUCCCCACCCACAACCCCUCCCGUCAGGUGCUCUUUGUGUGCACAGCCAACAUGCUUGAGACCAUUCCUGCGCCCCUCUUGGAUCGCAUGGAGGUGAUUCGCCUGGUGGGGUACAUUUCCGACGAGAAGACCCACAUCGCUCGAGGAUACCUGGAGCCUGCUGCUCGCACUGGGUGCGGUGUGAAGCCAGAACAGGUGGGAGCUAUUCUAGCACACGCUUUGUAG